AUGCAACUAGCACAGCUGUAUGCGGAUCAACACAGACAGCAAGAAACGGCGCAGUCUGAAGCCGCCUGCCCUGGGCAGACCGCCCAUCACGCCGCAGCCUGCGCGGUGGCCGCCUUGCCGGCCUCGCUGCUGCCGGCACAGCAGCUCUCGCCCUGCUUGAAGCGGGUGCAGGGGCCACAACGCUCGCCAGUGGCAGAGGAGCAGCAGGCGCACUCGGCCUUGGAGCAGUCGCAACCGUCCUGGCAGGCGCAACCGGCUGGGCCGGUGCACUUGGGGCACGUGCCUGCGGCCAUGCCGUCCCCCCCAGCAGCAGCACCGCCUGCCCCGCCAGGGCUCACCGAGCGGCUUAUCAAGAACAGCGCCAAGGUGCACAAGAAGAGCAACGCACUGCUCCUCGCCAAGGUCGCCACCCUCUUCACCGACCGCCAGCUGUAUGGCAAGGCCAUCGGUACUUUCUACCUAGUAUUCGUUGACCUCGAGGCGGCUCUGCAAAAGGCGAUGGAUGCAGACAAGCGCGUGGGGUCGCUGCGGGAGGUGAUGGGCCCGCUGCUUCGUGUGCCUGCCUACGAGGCCGACCUGCAGUUCUACCUGGGGCAGGGAUGGCGCGAGAAGAUCCCGCUCAGCCCAUCCAUCCACGCGUACGUGGCGCGCCUGCGGGAGAUUGCGGCGGAUCGGCCGCUGCUGCUGCUGGCGCACGCCUUCACGCAGCACACGGCGGGGCUGAGCGGCGGGCGCAUCGUGAAGCGCAUGGCUCGCAAGUACAUGGCGCUGCCGGAGGACAAGGGCACCGCCAUCUUUGACUUUGGGGGCGGCGUGGAGCUGAAGGACGCGUUCAAGCAGCGGCUGGAUGCGGUGGGGGCUGGGCUGAGCGAGGAGGAGGUGCAGGCGAUCCUGGAUGAGCAGCUCCGUGCGUUUGAGUUCAACAUAGCGAUCAUGCGAGAGUUCCCCAUCGGCCUGCUGCCGCAGCUGCGCGCGCCGCUGCACCUGCUACCCGCGCGCUACCUGGCUGCUGCUGCGGCGGCGCUGCUGGCCCUCGUCGUCGCGCUGGCGGCUGCACGGGCCAGGCGCGGCUCGUUCGGCUUUGGACUUUCUGAUGGCAGCGAGGGCGAAGUCCCCUUCAGCACCGGGCGCCUGGUGCUCAUCCUGCUGGUCCUAGUGCUGCUGCUGAUUGGCUUGGCGAUGAUGCUGUAUGCCGUCAAGGAGCUGCCUGCCUCCGACCUGGAUGGCAGCCCCGCCAAGCCCCGCAGCGCCCGCGACAUGCACAGCCAGCCAGCGCCGGCAGCUGCAAGCCCCCGCCGCCCUCAGGACCCGCCCCGCCCCCGGGGGCAGCGUCAGGAGCAGACCCGCGCCUCCAAGAAAGGUGCCCAGCCCCGCAUCCCGGUCUAUACGUAUGAUCUUGCCUCGAGCAUGGCGCUGCCGGUGCUGCCAGGGAUGGCGGUGGCAUGUGAUACUCCGACAGCGGCUGCCAGUGGCGAAGGAGAUGGAGCAGCAGUGGCGGCUGCAGCGCACAGCAGCGAUCUGCAAGUGGCAGACCCGGAGCAGGAGAGCAAUGCGAAUGGCAGUUCCCGUCCUUGA